GCCGCGGCGGCGCGGCGCCCCCCCGCGGCGCUCGGCUUCGAGGGCCUGCUGGGGGAGCUCGACUCGCUCCGGGCCCGCCUGCUGGAGCAGCACCGGCGGGAGCUCCAGGAGCUGCGGCUCGGCAGCGGCCGGGGCGCCUCGGAGGCCGCCCCCGCGGAGCGCGCCUCGGAGCCGGCGGGGGCCGUGGAGGAGGCCGCCCCCGCGGCGCCGGAGCGCGCGCGUGCCCUGAGGAGGCCGCGCGUGGCGGAGCCGGAACGGUUGGUGGUGGAGUGGGCGUCGUCGGGGUCCGAGCCCUCUGUCGCAGAGCAGGCGCCAGAGCAGCUGCAGCUGAGGCGGGACCGGCCGCCGAGGGACUCAACGCCGUCCGAGGCGGUGGAGCUGCAUGGUGUCCGGGAGCCGGCCUCGCUCUACGUGGUCUUGGACGGUUGGGUGAGCCACGUGCCGAUCUUCCGUCUGGCCGCGAUGGACGCGCGGUCUGCGGCGACCAUGUGCGUGAAGUCGAAAUUCUCUCGGGGUGGCUCGAUGGGUUCGAGCCUGUCGCUGGGGGGAGCUGCUGAGGAUCUCAAGGAGGCUGAUACACUGACCUUUGUUUCGAAAGGGUUCGUCGCCAAGUGGCUGAUGGUGCACCCUAUGCAGUGGGGGGUUACCCUCUGGAGUUUUCUGAGCCUCCUGCUGAUUGCCUACGACACAGUUACCGUGCCCCUCUUCUUCUUCUACACGUUCGAGUACGUCCCACUGGUGAUUGCAUUCUUUGAUUGGCUCGCUAGAGUCUUCUGGACCGUCGACAUCCCGCUGUCCCUUGUGACCGGCUUCCACAAGGAGGGUCACAUCGAGAUGAGGCCCAAGGUCGUGGCUUUGGCAUACGUUCAGUCGUGGUGCGUAUUCGACAUCAUCGUCGUCACGUCAGACUGGCUGGUCGUCGUCCUGAAGAACAACUCCACCCUCUCGGCCGUGCCAGUGCUCAGGUCGCUGCGAUUGGUCCGCGUACUCCGCCUGUUGCGGCUCGGGCGGCUCUCGCACAUGAUCAACGAGAUUUUGCUGUACGCCUCCGAGUGGGUGACUCUCGGCGUCAGCAUUCUGAAGCUGACCGUGGGGCUGUGCGUAGGGAUUCACCUCGUCGCGUGUGUCUGGUAUGGCGUGGGUGCGAGCAACAGCUCCGGAUGGGUCUCCAGAGAGGGGCUCUUGGAGUCUGCGGCGCUCUCCGAGCAGUACCUGUUUUCCGUGCACUGGGUGAUCACCCAGCUGCAUGGCACGAGUCUUACGCCCCCGCGGACGUUCUUGGAGAUCGCCUUCCAGUCCCUGGUGCUCUUGGGCGCCCAUGGUUUCGUUGCGAUCUUCAUCGCCAACCUCACGCAGGCCAUGAUAUCCCUGGCGGACACCCAGAAGCUCCAGAUGCAGCAGGCGGCCAGGCGCUACCUGCGCCGCCGGCGCAUCUCCCCCGCACUCUCGUACCAGGUGCGCGCGCAUUUUGGGAAGAACAGCAGCGGGAGGAUGUCCGUGCAGGACACCAUGGAGCUGGAGGAGAAGCUGGUCGAGUCCCUCCCGCUGGUGCUGCAGCAGCAGCUCUACGAAGAGGUGCGCCUGCCCCUGCUGAAGCUCGUGCCGCUCUUCCGGCGCAACGGCUUCUCGAACAACCGGCUGCUGAGGCAGCUCUGCUACAAGGCCAUCUCGGGCGUCUCGCUUAUAUCGGGCGAGCUGGUGUUCAGCCUCGGGGACGCGUGCAGGCGGAUGUUGGUCGUCGAGUCUGGCACCGGCGUCUACGUGAAGCUGAAGAAGUCCCGCGAGACCCACUCCGCGUCGGGGAGGACACUGACGACCUACCUUGCGGCGGGCUCCUCCGAGGACUUGGACACGAAGCAGGUGAUCCGCUAUCGAGGCCAGCACAUCUGCGAGGCCGCACUGUGGACGCGGUGGACGAACCAGGGAGAGCUCUUCGCGGAGGGCGACUGCACUAUGCUGACUCUUUUGAGCACCGAGUUCGCCACCAUCGUGAGUGCAUACGAGAUCACCCGCGUGCUCUGUCUCAAAUACGCGGCCUGCUUCGUCUCCUGGUUGAACGACAGGGCCCGCAUGCAUCAGACCUCGGACGUGAUGGAGACCCCAAGGCACCUGAUCAGCGAGUACCUGCAGAAGAUGGCGGACAACAGCGCCUUCAUCUUCAUCUCGCACUUCAAGGAGGAGGCGGGGUCGGACGCGGCGCUCAUCGAGGAGGGCAUGCACCGGAUCAUAAAGGAGAACCCCGCCCACCCCGCGUUCAACCUCAGGAGGCCGAUCUUCCUCGACUCCAACGACCUCGAGGAGACGGACCACAUCAGGACCAUGAUCAGGAGCAGCCACAACGUGGUGCUGCUCCUCACGGACAACGUGCUGACGCGGCCCUGGGUGCUCAUCGAGAUUGUGACCGCCCUGCGAGCCCGCCUGCCGAUCCACCUGGUCACCAUCCAGCGCCCGGGUGUCGAUUUCAGGUUCCCAAGCGAGAGCUUCAUCGAAAGCCUCGCCGCUGGCGACGGCCUCAGCUCGAGCGCCCAGGCGCUCCUGAGUGCGGAGGGCAUCACCACCGAGGACCUGCUGCUCCUGGGCAGCGCCUUCCAUCGCAUAGCCUUGCCGUUUUCCCCGCACAAGUCCAUCAAUGUCCGGGAGGCGGAGCUGCUGGACAUCAUGAAUCGCUGCGAGAUCGACGGCUACAAGAUCUCGUUCCGGCGGCCUGACGAGCCCGUACGCUCAAGGAGCCUCGUGUAG